UACAUCAUCAGACUAAGCCACCUUUCUUUCUUGUGUUCUUUUGCAAUGUUUCACUACACAGUAAUGUCUAACUCAGCUUCUCUGUCUGAGGAAGCUAGUGUCUCUUCUGUCUCUAAGGUUCAAGAUUUUGGCAGCUUAAAUCCUAUGGUUCAGACCAGUUCAUCUCAUCAGCAGCCUCAGAAGAUCAAGAAGAAGAGAAAUCUCCCUGGAAAUCCGGACCCUGAUGCUGAGGUGAUUGCAUUAUCACCAAAGACACUUCUGGCUACAAAUCGUUUUGUUUGUGAGAUCUGCAACAAGGGAUUUCAGAGAGAUCAGAACCUUCAGCUUCAUAGGAGGGGCCACAACCUUCCCUGGAAACUGAAACAAAGAAACAACAAAGAAAUCAAGAAAAGAGCGUAUGUUUGCCCAGAGCCCACGUGCGUUCAUCACCACCCCUCAAGGGCUCUUGGUGAUCUUACGGGGAUCAAGAAACACUACUGCAGGAAACAUGGGGAGAAGAAAUGGAAGUGUGAGAAGUGCUCAAAGAUAUAUGCAGUUCAAUCAGAUUGGAAAGCUCACACAAAAACCUGCGGAACUAGAGAAUAUAGAUGUGAUUGUGGUACCCUUUUUUCCAGGAAGGAUAGCUUCAUCACCCACAGAGCAUUCUGCGAUGCUUUGGCUCAGGAAAGUGCAAGACUCUCAGCAAACUCAGUACUCGCCUCAACAGCAGCAGCCACCGCCAACCCACAGCUCUUCCGUCUAAAUUUCCAUCAGACCACCACCACCCCAUCAUCCCUCUUCCCAUUCCCGCCAACCCAACAUGAUCAACAGCAGCCCCACUUCCCAAACCCUCCUACUCCUACUCCAACUGAUCAUCACAUUUCCCUUAACCACCCUUGGGUCGAUUCUUGUCAAAACCCUAAACCUACCCAAUACCCAAACCAACCACAACUUCUUCACGAUAUCAAGCCUGAAACCCUCCACCUUCCCAUUUCUUCGCAGUUUUUAUAUCAAGAACCACCGCCACCAACCCACAAGAGGAUCAAUAUCCCGUCAUUAAUACCUGUCCAAACCCAGCUCAAUGACACUGCCGGCGUUCAUCAUCUCUCCGCCACCGCUCUCCUUCAAAAGGCGGCCACCCUGGGUGCACAUUCUGUUGGUCACGUCAACUCUGCUAUGACUCAGCUCGACAUGAGCACCAUUGGUCACGUCACCAAUGGAAUCCCGCCUGAGUACUCGGGCUUCACCACCUCCGCAAAUCUUGCUGCGUGGCAAAAAAGUGACCGUCUCACCAGGGAUUUUCUUGGCUUGACCGGUGAUCACCAGUCAUGUGGCGGCGGCGGCGGUUCUGUCAACGGGAAUGGAAAUGCGAAUAUUGACGUUAAUGUUAACGUGAAUAUGAGAGGUGUGCUAUCAUUCACCGGGAGCGUGGAGUUCCCGGCCACUUAUGAGCGUGACCUUUCACUGCUGAAGCACCAGAGCUUUGGUUUUGCUGAGCCUGCAGCCUCGGAAGCUUGGAGAAAUUGUUCAAGAGUUUGAUGCAGGUCUCGACAGAUUAUGGCGAUGUGCUUUGCAAUCAACAAGUGAAAAAUUAUUGCUUUAUGCAUUUAUUUUCCCUUUUUUUUGUUCUUUUGGGUCUUGGCCUUGGCGGAAAAUGCUUAUAUAUUUGUUCCUAGGUUUAUUCUGACAUUUUGCUUAUGAGGUCAUGACUUCUUCUUGUUCUUAUGUUAAACCUUCCGGGUCUUUUAUCCUACGUCAACCUUAGAAUUUUAUAGCUGUUGGUUUUUAUUUAUUUUAGUCUCUCUUUUAAAGCAGUUGUAUGCACUAAUAUAUGCACUAUUAUCAUCGUUCGAUACGUGAUAACUUAUCUAAAUUAUAAUCUGAA